UUCCGGGUGGGACGGUUGAUUUUUGACCCGGGUACAAAUUUAUACGAUCUCCGCUCGCCCGAAACAUGGCCCACUCAAAAAUCAAUGUUAUCUCGGAACAAUCAGCGUCUUGCACGAAGACACGGGAAAACCUCGUGAGAAUUUGAUUUUGAACAGCCGUAAAAUAGCGAGACCGGGCUGACAAAGCUCAAAACAAUGGAAAGUUUUGCAAAAUUUAUAACAGUAAUACUUUCCCACAAAACAGACACGAAUGUUCCUAUUAAAUAUUAAAAAAAUAAAAUUAAAAUUUCAGCCCAGUUGUAACCCCAGGUAAACGCAAAAGGAAGCCGUCAUGUUGCAUGUUGUUGAACACAUCCAGUGGUAAUCGGUUGUACGUUCCCGGCGGUCGAGCGGAACAACAAACAGAGCUGUUCACGAGGACAGGCCUACCGAACUCAGCCUUAGUGUCGCUAACAAAUAAUCUUCUAAAACGUUUUUAAAACCUGCCGUGUACCGAGAAGAAACAACGAUGCCAGGGUACCGAAAAACUCUCAGCAACAUAGCUGAAAAACAGACGAGCGCAGACUUGAAGAGGAUGGUCUUCUUCUGCAAAGAUGUCGAAGGCAUGACGAAGAGAGAUCUGGAGGUGGACAGUGCAUUAGAUCUCUUUGGCAAACUGGAGGAACGAGGUGUUCUCUCCCCGGCCAAAACAACAUUCUUGGGGAAACUUCUUGGCGAUAUUGCUCGGUUUGACUGUCUAGAAAUGUGGGAAGAAUAUCAGCGCGGGUUGGCCAGCUCUAAGGACACAAAGAAAGGACAAGGAUCUUCUGAGCAUCCAGAUCUUGAAGAGUUUCUGAGUGAUGAUUACCUCCUGAAAUUAUCGAAGGAAAUACACGCAAAGGACAGAGAACCCUUGGGCAUCCAUCUGGGAAUUAAAGAACUAUCUAAGUAUGAAAUAUCCCAUCCUGGGAACUUGCAGGGACAGGUUUUAGCCAUGCUUAAGGACUGGAAAGGUGAUACAAUGACUGAUACAAAGAGCGAUGAGAAACAAGUAAGGUUCCUCGGUGAUUGCCUAGCUAAAACAGGACGCAAUGAUUUGAAAUUCAAAUUACUCAAAGCCCACAACUUAUCCCCAGCCACAGGGUAGACAAACAAGUAGCAUAGCGGCAUCCUACCAUUUCAACCGUUGAGGACCAGAUUAUCACCUAUCCGUAGGAUGUCAAAGAUUUUAAUCAGAAGGAUAAAUUGUAACACAUGCACCGGUUAGGCACUGAAGCUGAAAUAUCAGGUUAGAAAGAAACGAGUUACCCAGCAUGAUGUGGUGACACGUAUUUGUACUUACACAAGAAAUUAAUGGUGAGUGUUGUGGAGAAAAAGAGGCCUUUUACUUGUACUUUGUAUUUGCUCUAUUCCCCUGUACUGCAAUUUAUCAAAUACUUUCAUGUGCGUGGUUUUGCUGUCUGAGUUUCCUUUGCGUGGAUCCCUGAAAUGCUUCAGUUGUACCAUAAUGCAGUACUGUAGACUUACUUCCAUAUACCCGCCGCUUAAAUACAUGCGUAGGCCUAUAUUUCAACGACUUGAUAAGUGAUUUUAGUUUAGUUUAGUUUAGUUUAUUACCUUUAUUGCACAAAACAUCGAAACCAAUCUGUGGUGCAAAAGGGAAACCCCGAACAGGCAAACAGGCCCACUAACUGGGGACCCUCGUAUACACAAAAACAACCAUUUUGAGAUUACAUACAAUCGUAACUAAAUAGGCUAAACUUGAGUUAAGAUCUGUAGAUUAUUAUAUGGAUAAAAUGACACGAGUACUUAUAAUUUUGUAAAGUACAUCAGCCCAUCUGAAAUUAUGCUGGCUAACUUACAUAUUUCAAAACUGCACAUGCUACUUCUUUUUAAAAACUUAUUUCGUUUUAUUUGAGUUCUUUCUUGUAAUAAAACAUACCGGUAUGCAUUAUUCUAUUGGCGUUGUAGAAAAAAGCCCUUACAACACAAAGAGCAACAAAAAACAAAAGAAGAAAUUUAGAGGGCAAGGACAAUAACUAAUUCACCAAUCUGGCAUCUAUUUUACAAUAGGAAUCCUGAGAAAACAAAUUUUAUGCAAACACUGACAUAAUUUUAGAAGGUUGUCGUCUUUUAGCAUUUAGUGUGCUUUUUUUAUUCGUUGUUAUACAAGAAUCUGUACCCGACCCAUGUUUGACCCCGCGACAUGCCUUAUUAAAGACUGGAGCUUUCUGUAUUCUCCAGGUUAUACAUUGAGUUCUCUUAGGUUAUUUGGGCAAAAUUGUCAUUUUCAAAAGUUACUAGAAAGUUAUUGUCAGAGUGCAGAAAUUUCUGGAACGUAUGGGAAACCUUGAGCAACUUUCGAAAAUUA